AUGAACCACACGUUUACGUUCGAGACAAACCUGAAUGACAUUUUCGCUGGAGAUGACGUCGCCAAGUCGGAGAAGAGCUGCGACUACUGCGUGAAGCGGAAGCGCGUGUGCAGGUGCGAGACCAUCCGGAGGGAGCUGGGCAGCGAAGACGCUGCCGAGAUUGCCGAGCUGCAGGAGCGGAGGAGGUACUACGACGAAAUCUGCAACAAAAUUGUGGGCAAGUACAAAGACGUGGUGAACCGGUUCGAAUACGACAAGGACGUGGUGUCCUUCAUAAAGAAAAACAAAAUUAAUGAUGAAGUGGAGUGCGAAGAUUGGAUUUACUUUUACGAGUUGCUGAAGGAGAGGAGGAUAGUGGAGAGGUGCAUCGACACCAAGGGGGGCAGGGAGGCGGUCACUUUGAAUAGCUUUCAUUUUGAUGAGGAGGCCAAUUUCAUAAGCUGCCUAAACUACUACCUCAAGGUGCACAAGUUGCACCACGUGGUUCACAGCUGGAUGGGCAUGAGUGUGAACCCCUUCGAUGAGUACUCCCCUGGGGGGGCGCGACACGCUGGAGUUGGGCAUAGCGGCGGUGUGAGUGGCUACGGGGGGGAUAGCGACCAUGUGAGUGGCUACGGGAGGGAUAGCGAUCGUGUGAGUGGCUACGCCCGCGAUGCCGCUGCUCCGGAGGGGAAAAGGUUCCACCCGCUGUAUUACUACCUCUACGUGCAGGAGAACGAGCGGUGGAUUUCAGGGCUGAACAACUCGGGCCGCAUCAUCCACCCAGAAAACAUCAACCACGUGUGGAACCAAACGGUGAGAGAGAGCAACAAUAAGGUGAAGCUGUUUCAGCUCAUAACGGCGAACAGUGUAAGUGCCGAUGACGUGACGGACUACUGCAAAAGGGAGAAGAAAAACCAACAGGUGGAGGAACAGAAUAGCCACGUCUCAAAAAUUGGGAGCAUCAGUCAGCUAGUGUGUGCCUUGGGUAUGGUGGACGUUGGGGGGUGCUUCAUCAUGAAAAUGAAACUAUCUUUUGAUAAUUUCCUCCUGUCAAUUUUUUCCAUACUAGCGAUUUGCUUUAAGAAUCUGGAGGUGUAUAGACCCUCCUGCUGCCACCUGCGCAAUGUUGUCUUUUUAGUGGGCGUCCAUUUCAAUGGGAUCACAUCAAUCUUCUUGUCUUGCCUGAACAAUUGGGUUCAGGGGGCUCAGCGGGAGGUUGUCUCCCUUCUGGGGGAGCAACACACGCUAGGCAUGCUAGGUGCGAUAGACUCACCCGGGGUGAGCGUGCCUGGGGACCCCCCCGGCGGAGUGGACCCGGGAAGAAGCUUCAAAGGGAGAAGCAUCAUCCCCAGGAAGUGGAUCAAGCAGAGCUUCUUUAGGGAAUACCAAAAGUGCAUCCACCACUUUGUGGACUACCUAAUUUACUACCUCAAAAAGUGCAUUAAUGUGUCGAACACGAAUCUGAUGAAGAAGAACAUCGAGGACACCAAGCGGAUGUACCUCUCGCAGUUCUUCGAGGAGCACCGCCUGGUGGACCUCCGGAAGAGGGACAAGCUGCUCAGUAGGCUGCUCGACGAUUUGUACUUCGACCUGUGGAGGAUCAUCCCCCCGGGGAGCGGCGAGAGCGCUGAAGGCGGUGAAAAGGGAGAAAGCGGUGAAAGCGGCGAAAAUAGAGAAAGCCGCGAAAACGGCGCAGAUAAGGGGGACCAUCUGGAGGAGGCAGACGGAGAAGACUGCCGCAAACAUUUCCCCUACGAAGGGGCGCCCUUUUCUAAGAAGGAGUUGCAAAAACUGAGGAGCAGCUUGCAACUCCCCCCGCAAGCAGCAACAGAGAGGGGCAUCUUCUUCGAAACGCGUGGGCCCACCACCAAUGGCGAGUGCGCCAACCGGGGGGGGAGCCUGCACAAGUAUCGAAAGCAAAUCACCGCGCUGUUAAGAAGGAUAGACUUUAAGGGUGACCGAGCCCCAUCGAGAAAGCGAAGAGGGAGCAGAAGCAACCGAGUGGCAGAUCCCCCCAGGGGCCUCUUCCAGCUGGAUGAAGACCUAAUCCGAAAGAGGGUCUUCUCAUUUGAUAAAGCUCUCCUGGAAAAACAUGAAGCGGAAUUCGAGGGGCUCCUCAAGAAACAAGCCUACUUCACCAACAAGAACUGGUUCAGAUGUUACCUCCAGAAGGAGGCCUGCCACUUCGUCAGCCCCUUUUAUCUGGGGAAGGACCUAUACAGGGACAUACAGCUCUUCAGACAGCACAUAUACUACAAUCAAUGCGACGCUUCCAUAAAUAGCUUGAAACAGGUUCUGAAGAGGUACGAGCCUGUGUGCUCCUCCUACGUGAUGGACGGGAGUGAACUCUGCAGCAGCGUUAUUGACUGCCUCUUCGUUUUGAAAAAUUGCGCCCAUGUAGACCUCACAGAGGGUUGCCCAUUCCUCCAGAACUUCUUAGUGAUCAGUGGGGACGCCUCAGCCGGCGUCUUCUCCUUCUUCUCCAAGUUCGGGUCCGGUUGCCACGUCCUGCUGCAGGGCGGGGGCAGCAGCGGAGUGGGCGGCGUGAGCGGCGAGCCCCCUGAGGCCGCGCCCCCCCUGAACGUGCAGGAGCUGUUCCAGAGGAAGACCCCCUACAAGCACUUCAGCGAGCUGCUGAAGGACCGGCUGGAGGGCAAAAGCGUCUGCCCCUUCGUGCUCAUAGACCUAAACACGCACCUCUUUCCCAGCUACGUACACGUGGCUGAAAAGGAAAUAAAAACGAAGAGCUACCUCGUCUCCAGCUUGAUUAUAUGCUUCAACUAUUUGAAGAAGGGGGGCAACCUGCUUCUCCAUUUGAGCAGCGCCCUGACGUUUUUCACAGCCGGUUUGCUCUACGUGUUAGUAUGCGCCUUUGAUCGGGUGGAGUUCUUUUUGCCUCCCUCCUGUGAUGGCAUCGAUUUGGGGUUCUACAUCUGUUGCCACAACUUUGGUGGGAACUACGUGUACCGCCACUACGUGCAGUUUUUGUGGGAAGCCCUCAUAUGUAAUCAGCACCUGGAAGAGAAGGUCCCCGGUAGUGCCACCAGCGUGGCGACCACACCAGGGGAAGCUAAUGCGAAGAGGAAGAAGGGAGAACUCUACCUCUCCGUUCCCCUGUUCUUUCUCAUGAACAAACACUUCGUCUCUCUGCUGAAGCGAUUUAACUCGUUUUACUUCACCCACCACCUGAACGUGUGCAGGCACUUUUUAAGGGAGCCAAAAUAUUUCUAUCCCAAUCGGACGUUAGUGAAAUGCCUGGUGACUCAUUUUUUCCGAGCGUAUGUUCUGCCCGAGGGGGCGGGCAGAUCCUUUGGCAGGGUCUUCAAAUCGGUGAGCAUUCACUGUGAAGAGGAUGGCAGUGACGAGGAUGGGAGCGACGCACUCGGUAGCGACCAACUCGACAGCGACGUACUUGGAAGUGACCAACUCGACAGUGACCGACUCGACAGCGACAAUGAUGGGAGGGGCCACCUACCUGUGGGUGAUGCCACCGGGAGCGACUUCUCCAGUUUGGAUGUGCCCAGCCGUGGUGAGGGAGUCGACGGGGGGAGGCGGGCUCCCCGAGGAGGUGCGUCCCCCCCUGAGAGGAACAACAAGAAGAAGCAAAAAAUUAGGAGAAAUCGCAGCAGAAGUGGCAGCCUCAGCGGAAGCGGCAGUGGUGGUGCGCGCGUGGCGAGCGAGGGAAGCGAAGCGGACGGCUCCUCCAGCGAAUCCAAUUACUCCCUGGCCUUCGAGUACAAAAACGUGCCCAGCGAAAUAUCUGUGUCCGAGACGGCCUGGGGCGACAGUUCGUAG